AUGCUACAAUUUCUGAACUACGUAAUCACCCACGGCCCUCCUUGGAGUGCCAAAGGUCUCCAUGUUGGCCUCCCAAUCGGAACGAUCUUCUUUUUGGACUAUGCUCAAACAGCCGUUGGCUUUGCGACAUUUCUUGACCCGGAUGUGAAUUCAAUGAUCAAGCAUGUACUAAAUGCAUGGGCCGAUUUUUUACAGUCUAAAUCCUCAGCCGCUGUACUUGAUGCUUCUGCCAGUGGCUGGUUCAGCAGUCCAGCUCUUGCUGCAUUGACGAGUGCUGCAAAUAUCGGUGGAACCACCUACACGUUUGACGAGAUGUUUGUUUGCGAUCCAUCUGCGCCAUACCAUGGCUUCCAAUCCUGGGACGCCUUCUUUACACGAACUUUCAGGGAAGACAUCCGCACUGUGGCUUUUCCAGACGAUAAUAGUAUCAUUGUCAAUGCAUGUGAAUCCCAGCCCACUGCACUAGUCAAGGGCGUGAAAGCACGGGAUAGUUUCUGGAUCAAAGGACAGUCCUAUUCUUUGUCUGAUAUGAUUGGCCAGAAUUAUUCUAAUCAUUUUGUUGGGGGUACUGUCUACCAGGGCUUCCUGAGUGCCUUCAGCUAUCACCGUUGGCAUGCUCCUGUAUCUGGCAAAAUCGUCAAAACCUAUACUAUCAACGGGACAUAUUCUUCGGCGCCACUGAGCACUGAUGGCAGUCCAUCAACCUGGGCUGAUUACCCAGCAUAUAACACGGCUACGUCGACACGGGCCGUAAUACUUAUUGAAGCCGAUAACCCAGCAAUUGGUCUGAUGACUUUUCUUGCGGUUGGACAGGCUGAAGUCUCGACGUGUGAAAUCACUGUCAAGGAAGGGGUAUAUGUGAAAAAGGGAGACCAGCUCGGAAGUAAAGGAAAUAUGGCUGUCAGGAGUCAGCUGGGGACUGUGAUGCCCUAG